GUUUAGUUAGGCAGUUAGUUAAGUACGUCAAGUACGUACAUACAUAUAUGUAUAUAUCCUCCGCAGCCGGUUUACUUAGUUCGGUGCGGUUCCAUAGCGUUUGCUGAUUUUUUUUCUAGCGUUGGAUCGUUCAGUUCUAUGUGAUACUUACGUUACGGUGGAGUGUUUGGGCAACGCGCAAUUUUUCGAUUUGUGAUUUUUCUUGAAAAUUUGAAUUCGAUAAAAUAAAAUCGGUUUUUUUUUUCAUUUUCUGUCUUCGUUUCAAUCGCAGUGUGUGUUUUUAAGUGUGAAGAAAGUGUAAAUCACUGUCUACUUGCAUGUGCAGUACAUAGAUUUAUACAUACAAACCGACAUACAAAUACAAUGCAUAGUGUACCUAUUUGCCGCUGCGUUUACUAUGUUAAAGUGUUGUUUUAUUGAAAUUUCCGUUUGUGCAUCGAUUUGUCUCGCUGGUGUUUCGGUUCAUUAGUUCCUACACGAAAAUCGUUAUUUUAUUUAUUUAUUUAUUUAUUUACUUAUUUACGUAGUGCAUAUUGCACAUAGUACGAGUAUUACUUAUUGGAUUGCCACAGUGGCAGGGGUUAUAAGCCCAAAGAAAUAUUUCAAAUAAAAAUAAGUGCGUUUUAUAUUUGCAUUUCUCAUAGUGAAUAAAAUACAUACAUACAUAUAUACAUAAAUUCAUACGUACAAUUGUGGAAGAAGGCGCUAUACAGAUCAAAGGCGGCAUUUUCAGAUUAUUACUUACAACCGGAGUAUUAUUCAUUGUAUGAGGUGUGGCUGCAUAUAUUGGGUGGAUAAGAUGUUAAAUAAAUCCUUCUAUCAUUUGGGCGUUUUAAUAGCAAAACAUCCUGGCUAUUUUAUUAUAAUACCUGUGCUGCUGACCAUGCUAUGCAUGACGGGUUACCAGCAGUUAAAAUAUCAAAUCGAUCCCGAAUAUUUAUUUUCUCCUAUUAAUGGAGAGGGUAAGGCUGAGCGUGCUGUUGUUGAGAAAUUUUUCAAAGUCAAUUACACACAUCGUUUCAAUGUGGGACGGAUAACAAGACCAGGUCGUUUCGGACGUGUGAUUGUGAUACCCAAAGAUGGCGAUGACAACAUGCUACGACGCGAGACCUUCCACGAACUGCGACAUCUAGACGAACUUAUACAGAAUGCAACCGUCGAGUAUGAGGGUGAAUUGUUCACAUACAAGGAUGCGUGUGCUCGCUGGGAGAACGAAUGUUUUCAAAAUGACAUACUGAACUUGGAUUACAUAAUGGAUGAUAUUGAAUCCGGCGAACUGAAUCUCACCUUUCCCAUUAUGUUUAAUCCAGUCACUUGGGAUGCGCAUGCGUUCCCGGUCUUCUUUGGCGGCACGAAAUUGACAGAGGAUAAUAUAAUUAUAAGCGUGCCAGCGAUACAAUUGGUUUAUUUUGUGACUGCAGAUACUAAACGGCAAGAUGCAAAAGGCGCCGAAUGGGAAGAGACAUUUUUGAAAGUUGUUGGUAAAGCUGAAGAUUCUGGUCUCUUCAAACACAUAUCAGUCUCAUAUUUCGCCUCACGUACAUUGGAUCACGAGUUAGAGAAAAAUACACGCACUGUGGUGCCAUAUUUUAGUUCCACAUUUGCAUUGAUGGCGCUUUUUAGCGUCAUCACGUGCAUGAUGGGCGACGCUGUACGUUCGAAGCCGUGGCUCGGUCUUAUGGGUAACAUAUCAGCAAUCAUGGCCACAUGUGCGGCCUUCGGUCUGGCAAUGUAUUGUGGCAUUGAAUUUAUUGGUAUUAAUUUGGCAGCGCCCUUCUUGAUGAUUGGUAUUGGCAUUGACGACACAUUCGUUAUGUUGGCCGGUUGGCGACGCACACCCGCUAAAAUGCCCGUUGCCGAACGUAUGGGCCACAUGAUGUCCGAAGCGGCCGUCUCCAUCACCAUUACGUCACUCACAGAUCUGUUCUCAUUUUGGAUUGGCAUAAUUAGUCCAUUUCGGUCGGUGCAGAUUUUUUGCACUUAUUCUGUAUUUGCAGUCGUUUUCACUUUCAUUUGGCAUAUUACUUUCUUCGCCGCCUGCAUGGCAAUCUCUGGCUAUAGGGAACGUCAUAAUCUGCACGCGAUCUUCGGUUGUAAGGUGCAGGCGAUGUCGGUGGCCAUAAAAGAAAAACGCAACUUCCUCUACAAAGCCAUCAUGGCAGGUGGUAUCAAUCGCGAUGAUCCAGAUAAUCCAAUCGAUAACAAGGAUCACAUGUUCAUGGCCUUCUUUAAAGACCAUCUCGCUGCCGUGAUCAAUAACAAAUGGUGCAAAAUGCUUAUCAUACUUAUAUUUGCCACAUAUCUAGCUGGCGCCUGCUAUGGUCUCACGCAGAUAAAGGAAGGUUUGGAACGUCGCAAAUUAUCCAAGGCCGACUCCUACUCAGUGGAGUUUUUCGAUCGUGAAGAUGAAUUUUAUCGCGAGUUUCCAUAUCGCAUGCAGGUGAUCAUCACGGGCGAUCUGAAUUAUUCCGAUCCCAUUGUGCAAGAUCAAAUCGAGGAGCUGACACGCACACUUGAGAACACUUCGUAUGUCACCUCAUCGCUCUACACCGAAUCGUGGAUACGUUCAUUCCGUUCGUUUGUCGCUCGCAAUAAUGAUUAUCUCAAUUUGACCAUCGACGAUGAGCAGUCGUUUAUUGAUGCCGUGAAGGAGCAUUGGCUCUUUCCGGGCAAUCCUUUCUCGCUCGAUGUGAAGUUCAAUGAGGAUGAGACGCGUAUUAUCGCCUCGCGUUUUCUCAUACAGGCUGUGAAUAUCACCGAUACAAAUCAUGAAAAAGAGAUGGUGCGCGAUUUGCGUCAGAUUUGUAAGGAUUCGCCUCUAAAUGCGUCUAUAUUCCAUCCUUACUUCGUGUUUUUCGAUCAGUUUGAGCUUGUACGCCCGACCUCGUUACAGUCAAUGAUCGUUGGUGCGAUCAUUAUGAUGAUCAUCUCGUUUAUUUUCAUACCAAAUAUACUGUGCUCGCUGUGGGUUGCUUUCUCAAUUAUUUCGAUUGAGCUGGGUGUCGCCGGCUAUAUGGCACUGUGGGAUGUGAAUCUCGACUCGAUUUCUAUGAUCAAUUUGAUCAUGUGUAUUGGUUUCUCCGUGGACUUCACCGCACACAUUUGCUACACCUACAUGUCAUCGAAGAAACGUAGCCCAAAGGCGCGCGUACGCGAGGCACUGCACUCACUUGGCUUGCCGAUCGUGCAGGGCUCCAGCUCAACUAUACUCGGCAUUAUUGCACUUUUGCUCGCGCAGAGCUAUAUUUUCUUGGUCUUCUUCAAAAUGGUCUUUCUUGUGAUCUUCUUCGGCGCCAUGCAUGGUCUCUUCUUGCUACCCGUACUAUUAUCACUUUUCGGUCCCGGCUCUUGGCAGACUUGGUCUGGCACAGACAUCGGUGAUGAUAAUGAUGAGAUCACAGAUGUAGAGAGCCCAAUGAAGUUGUCGAGCAUGGACAAAUUGAACUCUUAUUACCUACAACAACACACGCCACUGGGAUUGCCAGGACCUUUUGGCACAGGCAAGAGUUUCCUUGGUGCACCUUACAAAGCAUAUGGCGAUGAAAAGGACUUGGGUAUUGGCACCUCUGGUGAAGACUCCUCGGAGUCAAGCUCUAGUCGUUCACAACGCCGUCAAGCACUAGAAGAUGAACACACACGCCGGCGCUACGAAGAGGGCUGGCGUCGCUCAUCCUACCACAAUCUCUACAACAGCAACUCACAAUCACAAUUCCAGCCAAACACCGAUCUCUACGGUCAACAAGUAACCGCACAGGAAUGGCGCGCACGUCUCGAUGUAGAACAAGCAGAGCGUAAACGCAGCGCAGUUGGUCUACGAGCCUAUGAUAACUUCGCCGCCGAUUUCAUGCACAUGCAACAGCGUCAAGCCGCAGCACACAAUGAGGAUGUAGUGGAUGCGUCACCUGUGGCGCGUAUCGAUACUGGACGCUAUACACCCACUUCGUCAUUAGAUGAGCGUGCGCGUCGCAAAUAUCGUUCAUCGUUAACAGCCACAGCUGCAACGCACAGUGCUGGCAGUGGUGAUGACAGUAGUUAUCACCAGCAAAUGAACGCAGCACCAGCCACAACUACUACAUCCGUCAAGCGUUACCAUCGCCGACGCUCAUCUGAAGACUCAACCCGUCACUACCAACGUUGGCCGCCAUCCAAUAUUGAAGAGCGUUGCGCACGCCGUUAUGCCAGCGCCGCACGUGAUGACAGCGCGGCCUACGUGCCGACGCAUGCCAACGCCGCCGCCGCCGCCAGUGCUUACCGCCCACACCCACCAGUACGCUCCUCAUCACAUCACAAUCUGUACUAUCCUAAUGGUGCUCAGCAUCAUCCGCCAACAUAUCAAUAUGGCGGCUGUUACUACAAAUGAUGAUGGCGGAGAGCGCGCGCGAGAGUCAGCGUGGAAAUCGCGAGAGUAUAAAUAAAAGUAGCUGAGACAAGCGGCUGCGGGAGCGCAGUACGCACGAAUCAAAGUCUCAAACCUCUAUUGCACGUCAUUGAAAUAUGCACUUUGCCGGUAACGAACUGGGAAUUAUUGAAUGGGAGAAAGCUAGUUGUGGUUUUUAUAAAUCUAGUGUUGUGUUAAUUUUUUUUUAUUUUUUUUUUGUUUUGAAAAGUUGCUAUAAAAGUUGUUUUCCAAAUGAAACGAACAAAUAUUAUAGUUAAUUUUAUACACAAACAAAGCUAGUAAAUAUUUAAAUAUUAGAUGUAGGAAAUGUAUACAGUUAGUGUAAUUUAAAAUGGUAACUGAAUAAUUUUAAGUGCAAAUUUUUAUUUAUAAAUAUAGAAAUUAUGCAUAAAAAUAUUUAAGUGCACAAAAUCAUAUUUGUGCAAUUGCGUCAUCUGUUGUUUAUCAGUUUUAAUAAAAAUAUCUCCUUUUCGAUAUCUUAAAAGAAAUUUCCAAGAAUUUUUCACGAUGUCUUCCAGACUAAACACAGAGUUGGAAUUUGUAACAUUUUUUUUUUUCAAAAAUUUCACAAAAUAAUUUUUUAAAUAAAUUAUUUUUCGAUUAAAUUUCAUA